AUGAGCCCCGUCCUGCCUGCUCCCGCUGUUUCCAUGAUGAAGGCGCGGCGUGUUGACUCUCAGGCGAGCGCCGUCGAAAAGGGGCUUCCUCGGGGCAUUGACACCGUCGCACCGGCGAUAUCGGUGCGGGGCGAUAUGACCAUCGCGGGCCUCGACUCAUCUCGCCAUGCCCGCUUCAAUAUGUCGCCUGUCCCAACCAUCAUGAACAUGUGA